CUCCUUCCAACCUUUCCCACUCAUCGGUCAAACACAUCACUGACCCUGUCCAGGAUCGCCACCACACGUACCACAGCACCCGCAUCAGCAGCAGCAGACAGAAGAAGAAGACAGCCGACUGGGAAUGGAGAACUUUUGCAGCGACUCGACGAAUUCGCCGUUGGCCCGGAGGUCGGCGGCGUCGGACGAGGAUAUGUCGUACGCGACGGUGUCGUCGGCGCCGCCCAAGCGGCGAGCCGGGCGCACCAAGUUCCGGGAGACGCGGCACCCCGUGUACAAGGGCGUCCGGCGGCGGAACGGGGACAAGUGGGUGUGCGAGGUCCGGGAGCCCAACAAGAAGUCGAGGAUCUGGCUGGGCACCUUCCCCACCGCCGAGAUGGCCGCCCGCGCUCACGACGUGGCCGCCAUGGCCCUGCGCGGCCGCUCCGCCUGCCUCAACUUCGCCGACUCCCCGUUGCGGCUCCCCGUGCCGGAGUCGUCCAGUCCCGCCGACAUCCGCAGGGCGGCGGCCCGCGCGGCCGAGUCCUUCCUGCCGCACCCUGACCCGGACGCUCCCGAGCCAAUGCAGGACCAGAAUACAACGUCGUGCGAGACCGCGGGGACGUCGGCGGCAGCCUGUGAUCCAUUCCUCGUGGAAGACGGUCUCAACUUCGGAAUGCAAGGGUACCUGGACAUGGCGGAGGGGUUGUUGAUCGAUCCGCCACCGCCGCUGCCGACGAACGGUGACGACGACGAGAGCGACGGCAACGUGUCUCUGUGGAGCUAUUCCAUCUGAGACCGGAGGGAAGCAUCCUGUACAGCAUAGGCAAAAAUUGCUGCUUCGCCGGAAUUGGUGGCCAAUUCACUGCCUCGUUUACGUUAGGAAAACAACUGCAUAAACAAAAUAGAAUCAACAUAUACCAAAGAAGUCUUUCAAAUAAAGGAGGGAGGGAAACAAGGCCAGAGUUGAGUAGAGUUGUCAAGAAGCAAUAUAUGGUUAGAGCUGUCUUGGGGGAUUCAUUAGAAGUGAAAUAUUAUUAUCGCUUCUUGCUGAAAAGAAGCAAAUCCUACUUCUACAUUCUUCGGCAAUAAGGGAUGCGGAAACUAUUGGUCGUGUCUAUUGAGAUAACGUUCAAGGAAAAGUAGGUGAGAUGGCAGCGCUUCAUUGGCGAGGAAAGCGGCCCCACGAUCACGCUUUAAAAGGACCCACCGUCCAUCGCGGGAUCCGUGCUGUAGAAUGAGCGCCUCAUUUAGUCAAUAUCCUUAUCUCAACAAAGAUUCUGGAA